AUGGAUAGUAAUGAUGUUAUGGAAGAAGAUCAACUCGAACCUUCUUUACAAAACGUUAUCAGCCAGAGUAGUUUGAAAUGGAUUUUUGUUGGCGGAAAAGGAGGUGUUGGUAAAACGACUUGCAGUUGUAGCUUAGCUAUUCAAUUAGCUAAAGUUCGUGAAUCAGUUCUUCUAUUAUCGACUGAUCCAGCACACAACAUUUCUGAUGCUUUUGGACAACGAUUCACCAAAGCCCCUACUAAAGUGGAAGGUUUCAAUAAUUUAUUUGCCAUGGAAGUAGAUCCCGAUCUUCAAAGUGGAAACGAAAAUAUAUUUGGAAGUGAAGAUGAAUCUGAUACAAUGCGAUUAGGUAAAAGUAUUGUACAAGACAUUAUUGGAGCAUUUCCAGGUAUUGAUGAGUCGAUGAGUUAUGCUCAAGUGAUGAAGUUGGUUAAGAGUAUGAACUUUUCAGUUGUCGUAUUUGACACAGCUCCUACUGGGCAUACUUUGAGACUACUGACAUUCCCUUUAAUGAUGGAAAAAGCUAUAGGAAAAAUAUUGGAAUUGAAAAAUAGAAUAGGUCCUUACCUAAAUCAAAUGAGUAUGCUUUUUGGAGCUGGUAUUAAUGUAGAUGAUAUUUCACAAAAACUUGAAGAAAUGUUGGCUACCAUUAAAACAGUUAAUCAACAAUUCAAAAAUCCCGAUCAAACUACAUUUGUUUGUGUAUGCAUUGCUGAAUUUUUGUCAUUGUAUGAAACAGAAAGGCUUAUCCAAGAAUUAACCAAAAAUGAAAUUGACACCCAUAAUAUUAUUGUUAAUCAAUUGUACAUUAACAAUGGAGACUCCGAUCCGAGUUGUAAAAAGUGUUCUUCCAGACGGGCUUUACAGCGCAUCUAUCUAGAACAAAUCAGUGAUUUGUAUCUUGAUUUCCAUGUUACUAAGCUUCCAUUGUUAGAAAAGGAAGUACGUGGUGUUACUGAUAUAUCAGAGUUUUCUAAAUAUUUAUUGGACCCAAAUUAUGCUUUUAAUAAAAACAAAUAG